AUCUCGCGCAGCAACUGUUCAAACACUACCGGAUACCUGCGUUCCGUUUUGUUCUCGCAGCGAAUGAUAACAAGUCAGUUCUGUUCUGAGUAGAAACCCGCUAGCUACGAUGGAUUUGGUGGACCUAGAGAAAUUAAAACAAUUGUUGAAGGAGGUGUCUCCCGAGAAAAAGAAAGAAUUUGAAGAAAAGCUUGCUAGAUUCAAGCAUCUAUCGGGACACUUGGAGGAGCUAAAGCAAUCCGCUGCGAUAAGCGCACUGACGGUCCGGCAGUGUUUUUUCGCCGGCGCUGUUCUAAUUGUGCUGUGCAUUUUCGGUAAGGAAACUUAAUAGGCCACGCCAACAGUCUGUAAACUGUGAUGUAACUGCAGAAAAUGGGAAACCUAACAAAUGGCCCACCUCUCUACCACUGGCACACGCGGGGGAAAGGGUUCGAUGGCUGCCGAUAUUUAGCACGCAGUCUGGUGCGGCAGCGAAGCCUCAAAGUAGCACCACCAGUGUCUACGGGACGUGCCGCGUGGAACGUUAUCUGUAAACGGAGGGCAAUCACGCUGGUGAAGUGCAACGUAAUGACGGUUUUCAUAGUAGACUCUGCAUCGUAACGUGGCUCGCGCGACACGUUAGCACCUCGAUUACACCCGCCCCGCCGUACACCUCAUUAUCGUUCCACCAACAGCCGGCGGUAUGGCCGGGUAUCGGAUCGCAAACUGCCACGUCAUAUCCAGCAAUCCAAGCUUGCCGGCCACGGCUCGCUAAUCGUUAACUUUAUCAACCGAUAAGCAAGUGCCCGCCCUUUUCCGUUGUGUCGGUGUCCGCCGUCCCCCGAAAACAUCAUUAGUUGAUAUCGGGACCUCUAGUGCUACAGUGCACCGUGUCCUCGGACUCGCGGGUUUUCCCCGGAUUGCAAUAUACGUCCGAGCGUUGCGUAUUUCGUUUGUCGCAGCCCAGCCAAAAACAGACACUCCGCCAUGUCAACGGUGGACGAGUUCCGGGAGAAUCCAUUCGAAGAGGCCCUUAACUCGGUGGCCCUGGCCGAGCUGCUGCAGGAUGACGAUAAACGCUCGUUGGCGCAACAGUUCCAGGAGAAUCUGCGAACACUUGCCGACAUGUUUGUCAACCUGUCCGACGAAGAGAAGCGCAAAUUUGCGGCCGAUUUUAAGGGAAAGUUUGUCAAAACGCUCUCCCAUCUAAACGAGUUUUCGAAACAGCGGAAAAUCAUUCAACCGUCUGAUGGUACUGGCUCGACCGGUACAUCGGAGCUUAGCGGAUUGCCGUCUCAGCUUAGCUCGUUACCCUUGGUAGGAUUCUUGUUCUCCAGAGGUAGCUCCUGGUCAAUCGUGGCUGGAUAUAUGGUGCUGCUACUAGUGUUGCUGCUUUUCACAUUCUUCGGCUACAAGCUGUACCUGUCGCUCACCGAGAAGGAACGAAAGCGCGAGGAAAAGCUGAAGGCGAAGCAGGAGAAAUCGAAGAAAAAGAAAUGAUUGCCCGCCGUUACCGUGGCGACCACUAAUGCCAAUGGCGCCACAAGCAACAGCACCGGCAGCUCGAUGAUCGACAAUAGCCUUGGCAGAGGAGGGGAAGGAGGGCGACUAGUGGGCCGUCGGCAACAUCAGCUCCGGCCACCGUCUCAGCACAAACAACAUUCCAGAGGAAAAAGACUUGGCAAAGCCUAGCCGUUAAGGACGACACACAGAGACUAUAGAUAUUUUUAAUCGUUCCUCCCCGCUCAUCGUACCACCAUACCUCUCCCGUACUCUCACUCUUCUUCCCGUCUUUCCGUUCCGUUCGCAUGGUGGGCUCCUGAACGAACGAUCGUUUAAAUCUAUUGUUUAGCGGUGCAGUAGCCCCCAUGAGCAUUACCAGUCCUCCCUGUUCGAUCAGCUGUUCAAAACUCAUCAAUCGUCAGUUAAACUGUUGUUGAAGCAUUUACAUAUUAUAGAAAAAAAAAAAUAUUUGGAAUUUUCUCUUUA